AUGCGGUUGGCUUCCUCAAACCGUCCAACGCUUUGAUACGUGUUUGCAAGAUUGCUCUGUGCGGCGAGCGUGUUGCGUUUCGAGUCGCCAAGGCGCCGCAGCAUACGACUGGCGCGGACUCAACGCGAAACUAGACAUUGGAGCUCUCUACGGCGCAUCGGUCUUCUGCCCCUGCCCGCGCGGCGACUCCGCGCACACGAAGCGUUUUGUUUCAGUGCAUAAAUCAAAUUGUCGCGGCGCGUCCGUGUGGUCUCACCGAUCGUUUCAGCCAACACUGCGCGUCACCGUACCCGACGCACUGGUUGAUUUGUGCACAGGUUUGUUUUCUACGCUCGCGGCGGGCUGCAUACCUAUAAUCAUCUCGGACAAAAUGGUCCUGCCCUUCGCGGGCCACGUCGACGUCGAGUCCGCAGUGCUACGAAUCCCCGAGAAGGCAUUCGCGUCGCGCUGGCGGCGGCGCCACUUCUCGCUCCUAGACUUCCUGCGGAACGCGACCGGCGCGACGCCCGAGCGUCCGUCCACGCCGGCCGUCGAGCGGCUCCAGCGCGCCGGCGCGCGCGCCGUCGGGGCGCUGACCUUCGGCCACGCGUGCCGGGCACCCAGAGGGCAGUGUGCGGCCGCACCGCCCGACGCUAUCGAUUUCCUUCUCCGGAGUACCUUCGACGCGCUCGCCGCGCGAGUCCCGUCUUUUGAGGUCGCGUCGCCGGAUUCCCUCCGGCGGCCCCCGCAUCGGUGCGCUGAACUACCCGGACCUCCGAGCUAA